UUGGGGGACUAACUUUAACGUUUACAAAUCCCGAGGAGUUAUAUCUUCCAUCCAAAAAAACAAGAGUGGCAAAGGUGAAACAACAAUAGUCAUCGAAGGUUUCUGUAAUUUCUGCAAAAAGGUUCCUAUUUAGCUUUGAAGUGGUAGCUGAUUGUUGAGGAGAAAGUCAAUAAGGAUGCAGGCUUCAAGGGCAAGACUUUUCAAGGAGUACAAAGAAGUACAGAGAGAGAAAACAGCUGAUCCUGAUAUUCAAUUAGUUUGUGAUGAUUCUAAUAUCUUUAAAUGGACGGCGCUUAUUAAAGGGCCAUCUGAAACUCCUUAUGAUGGUGGAGUUUUCCAGCUUGCUUUCUCAGUUCCGGAGCAGUAUCCUUUGCAACCUCCUCAAGUGCGGUUCCUGACCAAAAUAUUUCACCCAAACGUUCAUUUUAAGACGGGAGAGAUUUGCCUUGAUAUUUUGAAGAACGCAUGGAGUCCGGCAUGGACACUCCAGUCUGUUUGUCGAGCUAUAAUUGCUCUGAUGGCUCAUCCUGAACCUGAUAGCCCACUAAACUGUGACUCAGGCAAUCUUCUUCGGUCCGGUGACAUCAGAGGUUACCAGUCCAUGGCAAGGAUGUACACUAGGCUUGCAGCAAUGCCCAAGAAGGGGUAAAAGACAAUGAGUAUUGUGUAAACUUAAUCUUCUUGUAAUAAUGGCAUUAACACAUCUGCUUGGUGUUCUGUAGCAACUUUCCAUGAAACUAUAUUGUGUAUUGAUAUACUUAUGAUACAACUCAAUCACUUCUAUUAGUUUUUUUGUUG